CUCAUAUUAACAAGCAUUUUCAAAUUGUGAAUACUUUUAAUUUAAGAUUAAAAAGGAACAGAGAAAGAAGAGAAAAGGCAAAACAGGUAGGAAAAACUACUCUUAAUUAUGAACUGUGCAACAUUUAUAGUGAUGACUACCAGUUUUAUCUCUUGGACUGAUGGCAUUCCUCACUACUACAGUAAAGAUAAAGAUAAAGAACUGCAUUAUCUUAUGGAACCACCAGUAUAUGCUGAAAUAAAAGCACACAGAGGACAGAAUGCAACCCUGCCAUGUGUUCUGCGCUCAGUACCUGCUUACUUUAAAGUUAAGUGGAGUAAAGUUGAACCUCUUAAAACAGGAGUGGAAAAUAUUGUUCUCAUUAGUAAUGGACAUGGGGUUAAACACUAUGGCAAAUGGCAGUCUAAAGCAAGUCUUCGGCGUAACCAUGUUUUGGACAUCUCUCUUCGCCUCACCAAGCUGGAACUCCAAGACUAUGGUCUCUACCAGUGCGAACUGAUCAAUGGGAUUUACGAUGAGAGUGUCACCAUUGCUCUAAACAUUGAAGGGGUUGUGUUUCCUUAUCAAAGCAGGAAUGGUCGUUACAAAUUUACUUACUCUGAGGCUGAAGACGCUUGUGCAAAGCAGGACGCAAUACUGGCAACGUACACACAGCUUUACAGGGAAUGGAUGGAAGGUUUGGAGACGUGUAAUGCCGGAUGGCUCAAUGAUGGUACUGUCCAUUACCCCAUAUUGAAUCCAAGGCCAGCUUGUGGGAAAGAUCUUCUUCCUGGUAUCCGCAGCUAUGGGCCCCGGCAUAAGACCAAGGAGCGUUACGAUGCCUUCUGCUUCACCUCUACCACUGAAGGUCCAGUGUUCUAUCUCCCAGGGACGUUUAAUUUUUCUGAAGCAGCUCGUGCCUGUAAGGAGAAAGGAGCAAGCUUAGCCCUUGUGGGACAGCUCUACUCCUCCUGGAAGUUUCUGGGGUUGGAGCGCUGUGAUGGAGGCUGGCUUCAGGAUGGUAGUGUGCGCUUUCCCAUAAUUAGCCCUAAGGAGCGCUGUGGAGGAAUCCCACAGCCAGGGGUUCACAGUUUUGGAUUCCCUAAAAAGAGUAUUAGUCUCUAUGGGGCAUACUGUUACAGGUAA